UGGAUGGAGUCAAAAAUCGCUUUAGUAAAAUGAAUGAUGCAUUUUCGAAAUGAAUGAGUCACUACGAAAUGAAUGGCACACCGCGAUAUGGUUUUCGGGAAGACAACAGGAAACCCACACUCUCUCAUUUCCAGGUCCCCAACAUAAAAACUGUCAUGGCGGAAGCAGUGGAUGAAUUGAACGAUCUUCUUCGAAGUUCGUUGCUCGAUAUCUCCCGUCAGCUUCAGUCCUACUUAUCCGAAGAACUACUAGAUGGUACUGUUUAUCGGCUGCAGCAAAUUUGUCGUCACUUAUUACUUCUUUCGGGAGCAAAWAAUAACUUUAACGAUAUAAUUGAGAACAUCAAUUCUGUGUUAAACCAACUGUCAUCAUGCGAAAGCCAGCUCGUUUUGAAUUCGUCUGGUUAUAAUGCUCCAGUAUCUAUGAAUGGAAAUCGAGGACGACCGAAGUAUGAAAUAAGUAAAGAGCAGUUAGAGUAUUUUCUUUUCUACGAUUUUCGUGUCAAAGAUAUUGCUGACGCCCUUGGCGUUUCAAAGACUACAAUUCAACGACGUUUAUGUGAGCAUGGAAUUUCUGUAACCUCAACAAUGUCCMAUCUUACCAACGAACAACUAGAUGAUGAAGUGAGACAAAUCAAAAGCAAUUUCCCGAAUGCCGGUUAUCGCCGUGUUUUGUCUCAGCUAAGCUGUCAAGGAAUUAAAAUACCUCAGUCUAAGAUUAGAGAAUCAAUGCAGCGAGUUGAUCCACUUGGUGUUGCUCAGAGGUGGUUAUCUCUUACUCCAAGAUGCACAUAUAAUGUGCCGGGUCCUUUAUCACUCUGGCACAUUGAUGGAAAUCAUAAAUUGAUCAGAUGGAGAUUGGUGGUUCAUGGAGGUGUGGAUGGAUAUACACGAAUACCAGUUUAUUUGAAGUGCAAUACAAAUAAUCAAGCCAAUACUGUCUUGAGUUUGUUUUUGGAAGCUGUAAAUAUGUAUGGCCUUCCUUCCAGAGUGCGAUCGGACAAASGGGGAGAGAAUGUUGAUGUUUCCCUUUAUAUGUUACAUCACCCUAAUCGUGGUCCCGGUAGAGGCAGUAUGAUUACAGGCCGUAGUGUCCAUAAUCAACGUAUAGAGCGUCUUUGGCGAGAUGUUUACGAUGGAGUACUGUAUAUGUAUUACAACCUAUUUCAUCAUCUUGAAAAUUGCUCUGUGUUGGAUCCCAUAAGUGAAACAGACCUGUUUGCAUUACAUUAUGUAUUCAAGCCAAGAAUUAACCAUCAUCUGUCAAUGUGGAAGGAUGGAUACAUCCGCCAUCAUAUCAGAACUGCAGGUCAUAGGACACCAAUACAGCUGUAUAUUUUAGGACUGCUUCAAAUGAGAGGAACUCAACAACUACCUGCACAGGAAGUUUAUGAACAAUGGAAUCAGGUACAUGUACAUGUACUUCAUAUUGCAACUCACAGAAAAUAA